AUGGAGAGCAAAACGCUCAACCGCAUGAUCUUUAACGCUUCUAAAAGAGAAGUUUUCACCAUGAAUAAUGGAUAUAAAUCAAUGCAGAGGAAACUACAAGCUCAGGGGAAAAUUCAGAGCAUGAAACAUGAGCUGUCUGCGAAGAAGCUGAAGGACGUCAAGUUGUGGAUCUCUGCAGGUCCGAGAGAGAAGUUCACAGCAUCAGAGCUGGAGGUGCUGAAGCACUACCUGGAUGGAGGAGGAAACGUCCUGGUCAUGCUCGGUGAAGGAGGAGAAAUCAAAUAUGACACUAACAUCAACUUUCUCCUGGAGGAGUUUGGAAUACUGGUCAACAAUGAUGCUGUUGUGAGGAAUGUGUAUUACAAAUACUUCCACCCUAAGGAGGCGCUUGUGUCCAAUGGUGUAUUGAACAGAGAGAUCAGUCGGGCUGCUGGCAAAAUGGUCACAGGAAUCAUUAAAGAUGACAAUUUUGGGAACAAUGCACAGGCUCUGACAUUUGUGUACCCAUACGGUGCUACACUAAAUGUGAUAAAGCCGGCCAUGCCAGUUCUUUCUACUGGUUCAGACUGCUUCCCCCUCAACAGGCCUGUCUUGGCCUUCUAUCAAGGAAAGGAGUCUGGCAAACUGGUUGUGCUGGGUUCGUGCCACAUGUUCAGUGACCAAUACAUCGACAAAGAAGAGAACAGUAAAAUCAUGGAUGUCAUGCUCCAGUGGCUCAUGACUGACAAUUUCCAGCUGAAUCAGAUUGAUGCAGAACACCCAGAGAUCACAGAUUACACCAUGUUGCCAGACACAGGGUUCUUGUCAGAGCAGCUCAGAGUGUGUUUACCAGAGGAUGAUGUGGACCCCAGGGACUUCACCUCUCUCUUUGACAUGUCGUUGUUAAAUUUCUCAACUGACCCCUUACCCCAAGUCAUCGGCGCUUACAAACAGCUUAGUGUCAAAGACGAGCAACUUGAGCGGAUCACACCACAGUUUGAGAUUCUGCCUGAGCUUAAACCUGCUGACUUUCCACCUGCAGUAAGUGAUCUACCUCCACAAACGCUGGAACUGUUUAAUCUGGAGAGCGCCUUGCACAGCUCACCAAUAAGUGUUCAACAGUAG